CGGGCGGAGAUUCAGGCAGACACGCACGGACGUUGAGUUAGGAGUUGAGGGAGGAACAUCUCCAACGAUAACAAAAACACAUCAACAAGCGCUUCUUGUGCCGCUGGACACUGGAUAAACAUGCCUCGGACUAUCCUAGUGGGAUUGUUCUUGGAGUGCGCGAUUAACCGAUGCGGAAAAUAUGAUAGUUGUUGAAGUAAACAGCAGAGGAGAAAGUUUUUCCUUCUUUGGAAUUGAAUGAAUAGUCUUGUGCCACAACAGUGCACCAAGGCCAUGAUAGAGACAGCCUUUGCAUACAGAUGUGUGCUCUCUAGCUAGCAGAUAAUAAUCAAAGCUGUGAUAGCGCUAAACCUAAGUUACAAUAGGCAGUGUACUUACUAACAUUAUACGUUUUAGUCAUGACAUUUUAACUGAAAUGGCUAGUUAGCUGGCUAUGUUUAUAUUUUGUUAGCUACCUAGCCAACUAUCUAAAAUAGCAUAGAGCGUAGCUAACUAGCUAACCAUUUGUUUAUGAGCUAUCUAGCUGGCUAACUAAUUAGCUAGCGCACUAGGCGCAUAUUAACUAACUAGCUAGUAAAUGAGACCGCUAACAAGUGAGUUGCUAGCACUUUGUAAAAUCUGAGAAUCAUGUUAUAGCUAACUAGCCUUGCACUUUUAAAUUAGCUCGCUUACAGUAAUACAUGUUUUUUUUCUUUCUAGUUAGCAUUACCAAACCUUGCUCGAUUUGGUGUACGGUUUAGCUAGUGUUCUAUUAGCUUAGUUACCUUCAAGUUCAUUUUUCCCACCGUGCCUGGACUGACCCACUCACAAGGACUACCCGGGGCCGAUGCUGACAGUCCAGACCGGAUCACGGCAACGUAAGGAGCCAUGCAGCCGCAGCAAAUAUACGACUUUUCAAGUGACGAGAACAGUCACAAAUGGCGAGGCCUCUUCGUCCAAGCGUUGCGAAAGGUGCAGCUGCAGGUGCACCCCAACCUGUCGGCCAAGGAGGGAGCUCUGCAGCACAUCGAGGAGCUUAUUCUGCAGCUGCUCAACAUGCUGUGUGUGGCCCAGCCCCGCUCUGUACAGGACGUGGAGGAGCGGGUCCAGAAGACCUUCCCCCACCCCAUAGAUAAAUGGGCCAUAGCCGACGCCCAGUCAGCCAUCGAGAAAAGGAAGAGGAGGAACCCCCUGCUGCUCCCCGUCGAUAAGAUACACCACCUACUGAAGGAGGUCCUGGGGUAUAAGAUAGACUACCACGUCUGCCUCUACAUCGUGGCGGUUCUAGAAUACAUAUCAGCUGACAUCCUGAAGCUAGCAGGAAACUACGUUGGUAACAUCCGACACUAUGAGAUCAGCCAGCAAGACAUCAAAGUGUCCAUGUGUGCAGACAAGGUCCUAAUGGACAUGUUUGACCAGGACGAGGACAUCGGUCUGGUGUCUCAGUGUACGGAGGAGCCUUCGUCGUCGGGGGAGCUGACCUACGACGACCUGGUGCGCCUGGAGAUCGCAGAGGAGCGCCAGUACCUCCGGGAACUCGAUCUCAUCAUCAAGGUGUUCCGACAUCACUUCCUGUUCAACAACAAGAUCUUCACCCCUCAGGAUGUGGAGGUGAUUUUCAGUAACAUCUUGGACAUCCAUGAGUUGACGGUCAAGCUGCUGGGGCUGAUCGAGGACGCAGUGGAGAUGACCGCUGACGGGAGUCCACAUCCUCUGGUGGGCAGCUGCUUCGAGGACCUGGCAGAGGAGCAGGCGUUUGACCCGUACGAGACCCUGUCUCAGGACAUCCUGUCCAGGCAGUUCCACGAGCACUUCAGCAGCCUGAUGGCCCGGCCGACGGUAGGACUGUACUUCCAGUCCAUAGCUGAAGGUUUCAAGGAGGCUGUCCAGUACGUCCUUCCACAGCUCAUGAUGGUUCCUGUGUACCACUGUUUGCACUACUUUGAACUACUGCAACAGCUGCAGGAGCGCAGUGAGGAGCAGGAUGACAGAGAGGGUCUGAAGCAGGCCAUCACCGCUCUGCUCAACCUCCAGUGUAGCGUGGAGCGCAUCUACACCAAACACCUGCCUCGACGCAAACCUGGUGAGCCCAUGUACCGUCUGUACAGUCGCCAGGUGCGCAGCAAGCAGCUGGCCAUUAAGCGGAUGAAUGAGAUCCAGAAGAGCAUCGACGGCUGGGAGGGGAAGGACAUCGGCCAGUGCUGUUCCGAGUUUAUCCUGGAGGGGGCACUCCUCCGCGCCGGCGCCAAACAUGAGCGACACAACUUCCUGUUCGACGGCCUCAUGAUCAGCUGCAAGGCCAAUCAGAGCUCCCGACUCCCCGGUUCUGGAAGCGGGGCAGAGUUCCGUCUCAAGGAGAAGUUCGUCCUGCGGAAAGUCCGCAUCGUGGACCGCGAGGACUCGGCAGAGUUCAAACAUGCCUUCGAACUCGUUGGUAAAGACGAGAACUGUGUGGUGUUCUGCGCUCGCUCGGCGGAGGAGAAGGGGGCGUGGAUGGCGGCGCUGGUGACCCUGCAGUACCGCUCCACGUUGGACCGUAUGCUAGACACUGUGCUACAACACGAGGAGCAGGCCCAGCCCCUCCGCCUGCCCUCGCCAGAGCUAUACCGCUUCGCUGUGCACGACUCGGAGGAGAACAUUGUGUUUGAGGACCGCGUCCAGAGCAAGACGGGGAUACCCAUCAUUAAAGCAGGCACGGUGGUCAAGCUUAUAGAGAGGCUCACCUACCACAUGUACGCUGAUCCCAACUUUGUGCGCACCUUUCUGACCACCUACCGGUCCUUUUGCAAGCCUCAGGAGCUCCUCGACCUCUUGAUAGACAGGAUUGAGAUCCCAGAGCCAGAGCCCACUGAGGCUGACAAACAGGCUCUAUGGAACGGGGAUCAGCCAAUGGCUGCAGAGCUACAGAGGUUCCGCAGGGAGUAUGUCCAACCGGUCCAACUCAGGGUCCUGAAUGUGUUCCGUCAGUGGGUGGAACAUCAUUUCUAUGACUUUGAGAACGACCCUGAGCUACGAGGCAGACUGGAGGAGUACAUCAGUAGCAUUAUACAGCUACGAGGCAAGUCUAUGAGGAAGUGGGUGGAGUCUAUCAACAAGAUCAUCAAGAGGAAGAUUCAGACUCAGUCCAACGGGGUCAGCCACAACAUCACCUUCGAGAGUCCGCCCCCGCCCAUCGAGUGGCACAUCAGCCGCCUGGGCCAGACUGACACCUUUGACCUCAUGACCCUUCACCCCAUAGAGAUCGCCCGCCAGCUCACCCUGUUGGAAUCAGAGCUAUACAGGGCUGUGAGGCCGUCUGAGCUGGUGGGGAGUGUCUGGACCAAAGAGGACAAGGAGAAUAACUCUCCCAACCUGCUGAGAAUGAUCCGCCACACCACCAACCUCACACUGUGGUUCGAAAAGUGUAUUGUGGAAGCAGAGAACCUGGAUGAGAGGGUAGCCGUGUUCACGCGGGUCAUUGAGAUCCUCCAGGUGUUUCAGGAGCUCAACAACUUCAACGGUGUUCUGGAGGUGGUCUCUGCCAUCAACUCUGUCCCCGUCUACCGGCUGGACCACACCUUCGAGGCAGUCCCUGAGAGGAAAAAGCGGAUCCUAGAGGAAGCAGUGGAACUGAGCCAGGACCAUUUCAAGAAGUACCUGGCCAAGCUCAAGUCCAUCAACCCACCCUGUGUGCCUUUCUUUGGGAUCUACUUGACCAACAUCCUGAAGACGGAGGAGGGGAACCCCGACUUCCUGAAGAGACACGGCAAAGAGCUGAUCAACUUCAGUAAGAGAAGGAAAGUAGCAGAAAUCACAGGAGAGAUACAGCAGUACCAGAACCAGCCUUACUGUCUCAAGGUCCAGCAGGACAUCAAGAGGUUUUUUGAGAACCUGAACCCGAUGGGCAGUCUGGGUGAGAAGGAGUUCUCUGACUAUCUGUUCAACAAGUCUCAGGAGAUCGAACCUCGUAACUGCAAGCAGCCGCCGCGAUUUCCCAGGAAGACCAUGUACCCCCUGAAGUCCCCGGGGAUCCGGCCGGUGCGUACCUCUACAUCAGGGACCCUGAAGGGCCACCCCGUACCCCUGGAGAGAGAGCCCCCCCACAAGAUCACCUUCAGGAGCAUCGCUGAGACGGAGCCUGAGACCUCCACAGCCUCAGUCCCCACCUCGCCCAACACCCCCACCCCCCCACAGUCUGCUUGCUCAGACCUCAGCUGUGUCUUCAUGGAGCAAGACCUAUGCAGCUCCUACGGUGGAAACUCCAUAUUCGCUCCUGUUCUCCUCCCACCCUCAAAGGUCCAGUCAGUGUCUUGUGGGAGCCUUCACCAGCUAGGAGAGGAGUUACUCAAACCCCCUCCACUUCCCCCGCGCAGAAAGGACGCUUUCUCUGAGGCCAAGUUGAGUUCCAGGUCUGACAGUCCUCCAGCCAUCCCCCCCAGGCUGCCCCCUCCUCUCCCCAGGAUCCAGCCCCGCGCCCCGGUCUACAACGGCCCCAGCGACGGCCCCCUCCCCAGCCCCCCACCACCACCUCCACGGGACCCCCAGCCAGACACCCCUCCAUCCGUCCCCCAGAGACCCCCAGAGAUCUUCAUCAACUACCCCCUGAACCUCCAACCUUCCCCUGUCGGACGCUUCCACUGGGACUUUGGCAGCUCCCCGUCCUCCCCCGGCACGCCCCCAGGCACGCCCUCUCCCCGCGUCCCCCGACGGAGCUGCCCCCUCAGCUCCAGUCAGAACAGUCUCUGCCCGCUGCCCGUCAUGGCACCCCCCGUGCCCCCCCGCCACAACUCCAACUCCUCCCCCCAGCUCCCCAAACUCCCCCCAAAGACCUACAAGAGGGAGCUGUUGCCGCCCCUGUUACAGAGCCUCUCAUUGGUGGAGAACACGGACACUAGCCAAUGAGGAGCCUUCUGCUUCUUCUGUUGUUUUUGUUGUCAACAUGGAAGCCUUUGAGUUGCUCCACACAAUACAAACUGCAAACAAACUAUGUCCUGCAUCAAACUAUGAACUGAUGUCCUGCAUCAAACUAUGAACUGAUGUCCUGCAUCAAACUAUGAACUAUGAACUAUGACCUGAUGACCUGGAGCGGAUAAAAAACGAACAAACUAAUCAUGAUUAAAGCUACUGAUCGUAAAGAAGACUUUGUUUCCAACCACACUCCAAACCCCGCCCACUCAUCUCCUACCACGCCACGCCUCUCAGGGGAUCAGUAGCUCCGCCUUCAUUUCAAGCCCUCUGUGCCAAUCGAAAAUCCACACCAGUGUGCCAGCCAAUGAACAAGUAGCCCCAAGACACUGAUUCAAACUCCUCGUCUCUCUCUCUGUGUGUGUGUGUGUGUGAACACGUCACAUACCUGUACACAGCACAAUACUUGUCACUGUGUUUCUUUCUUGGUACAGACAUCCCACUCUGUGCUAGAGUGGACAGGACAGCAAGCCAUGCUCUGGCCGUUGUCCUCCUCCUACCCUGACGAGUCUUUUAUGGUUUUUACCCAGAAACGAGAGAGGUGGCUGGGCCUGGGCUCUGGGCUCUCCAGCCUGUCCUGGUCCAGUGUGGUAGCCCCAUGCUCGGUGUGUUUGUGGUUCCAUUGUUGCAUUGGCACACUGUAGUGCUAGGAGCAGCAUUCACUCACUCACCCACCCACCCAGGAGUCAGUCCUCCUGUCCUGUGGCUCGCAGACAGACAUACAGACAGACAGACGUCACUGGACCUGUUCAGACCUCACUGCUCUUUUAUUAUCAAACUUACCAAUUGCUCUUCCUGUGGUUCUGUCUGGAGGAAGCAUGAGACGAGUGUUCCAGAAUCCUCUGAGGCCCCUCAACUCCUCCCAUUGUGUUGUGGUUUUCUCUAUUAACUCAAACUUAAGAAUCCAAAGUCUUAUUUGAUGCAGCGGUAUGACUAAAAUGGAUGCAAAUUAUAUUUAAUUCAUUCAGAACUGACUGAAAGGUGUUUUUGCAACAUUUUAUUUUGCUAUGGUGCAAAAAAAAAAAACGUUUUGCUACGUUGUGUGACUAACGAAUAAACCCCUGUUUGUAGCUACACAAUCCUUGGGGUCGUAGGAUCACCCUAUACUUCAGAUGUUAGCCUUUAAUCCCCCAGCGCUGACCUCUAACCUGAGGCAGGGAGCCAUUCAGAAUGAGGGAGAGAGACAGACGGAUGGACGGACGGACAGACGGGAGGACGGACGGACGGAGAGUGUAGUGUAUGUAGGUCCACUUGCACAUUGAGCUGGGGCAGGCAGCAGUGAUGUCUAGCCAUGUGAUGGAGGAAGUCUUGUCUGUCUGUUUCUGGACCAUAGAAAACGAUAGAGGCCUCUAGCGGCCAAAAUGCCGUUUUAGCCUGGGCAGCGCCAUUGAGAGCUUCCUCCAUGCUUCCACCAUUUUAAAGUAGUCAAAGUAGCCAACUGGGUGGGUAUUCCCCGUGGGUUGUAGCCUCGAUGGCGCUGCCCGUGAUGUCACAGUCCUCCAUCUGUCUCUAUGUGUGGACAAAGCCCAGAUCUAGGAAGAAGACUAGGAGGGGUGACAACAGCUUUGAGAUGUCUCUUUCUCGGCCAGGGAGGUGGGAACCGUAGCAGACAGACAUCUCUCUCUCUCCAGCUCCUUAAAGGGAUACUUUGGGAUUUUUGACAAUCUAAUUCCCCGGAGUCUUGAUGAACUUGUGGAUACGUCUCUGUGUCCAGCAUGAAGGAAUUAAGAGGUUGUUUUCGUGAGCUAAUGCUAACUAGCGUUAAAGAGCAAUGACUGGAAGUCUAUGGGUAUCUACUAGCAUGCUCCCUUUAAAGCUAGGCUGGUCCCAGAUCUGUUUGGUCUUUUGCCUUCUCCAUUGUCUCUUGUGGCACCCAGGCUAGCUGAAAGCCAAGAUGAUGUCUUAACCCAAACACCCAGGCUAGCUGAAAGCCAAGAUGAUGUCUUAACCCAAACACCCAGGCUAGCUGAAAGCCAAGAUGAUGUCUUAACCCAAACACCCAGGCUAGCUGAAAGCCAAGAUGAUGUCUUAACCCAAACACCCAGGCUGGCUGAAAGCCAAGAUGUCUUAACCCAAACACCCAGGCUGGCUGAAAGCCAAGAUGUCUUAACCCAAACACCCAGGCUGGCUGAAAGCCAAGAUGUCUUAACCCAAACUAAGCGCCUGUUAAAGGUGUGUGCUGCUGUCUGUAUGUCUAACACUAUCUGCAGCCCUACUAGCAUCAUCCCCAGGACUGUACCAGCCUGCUGGGUUGGUAUGGAAAUUCAGCACUGGACACGUCAUACGCAGCAACCCCACCAAAGCCUGGGCCAAAUGGACAGUUGGCUCCUCUAGUGGACAAACUGGGGACUGCUCCACAGCUCCCCUAGUGGAUAGGACAAACAGCUCCCCUAGUGGAUAGAAGGACAAACAGCUCCACAGCUCCCCUAGUGGACAGGAGGACAAACAGCUCCACAGCUCCCCUAGUGGACAGGAGGACAAACAGCUCCACAGCUCCCCUAGUGGACAGGAGGACAAACAGCUCCACAGCUCCCCUAGUGGACAGGAGGACAAACAGCUCCACAGCUCCCCUAGUGGACAGGAGGACAAACAGCUCCACAGCUCCCCUAGUGGACAAGCUGGGAACAGUGGCUGUUUCAAAUAUCUGGACCCCCCAUAGAGAGGAGCCUCUACUAGCCAGGAGUCCUUGUCCUUCUCACUCCUCUCAAAAACUCAAUUUCAUUUUAAAAUACUGAAAUAACAUGCAUCAGAUGUGCCUUUUAUUUAGUUUUCGUUACAGCAAAAAGUGUCUAAAAUGCUAUUAAAAAACUGAUAAGAAAAAAUGAA